UCUUAGGUCCGUGGAUCCUCAUUUGAAUAACGUCGCGGGUCUUCCCAUCUUCUUAACUCGUCCCCAUACAGCUCUCUGAUUACGCGUCCCGAGCCAUCCGAUACAUACUCUAUCACGGGAGAAUUCUAGCCUGCCAGCCCAUCAUGGAUUCAUUCACAGUUCCCGGCUUGGAUCUAUGCAUGUACCCCGCGGGGGCGCCACCGCCGGGCACUGUCUCCAAUUUCGAGAACCCAGACACGCUGGUGGCGGUCCUUAUGUCAAUAUGCAUCCUAAUGACCGUCUUAUCUGUCAUUUUCACAGCCUGUAGACUAUUUGCUAACAGGCGGAAACUGUGGUGGAGCGAUUACUUCGCCACCACUGCGCUGAUUUUGCUGCUCGCCCAAACUGGUCUCAUGCUGGCUCAGACCAGGUUCGCGCGCCAUCAGUGGGAUGUGAGAGCAUGCUGGUACGAUGGCACAUAUACGAAGAUUCUCUUCGCCCAGCAAAUCAUUGUCUCUUUCGUGCUGUUCUUCUCCAAGGCUUCUAUCUUCUUGCUGUUCUACCAGGUCUUCGAUGUCAAGCAAGCGAUGCGCAUGGCUAUCCGCGUCGGGAUCGUCUUCUCCGGGUUGAUCUACUUUACCAACAUUCCCACCUCGGCAGUUUUGUCGGCGCCUCAUGUUGGGGAGACGUGGGCUAGCGUCUUGUUGAGCGGGCGCCCCGAGAGGGAUCUGAUUUGGGGUGUCGUCCAGUCUGCCCUGGGAAUCAUCCUGGAUCUAUUUAUCUUCUUCUUGCCGGUUCCGGUCAUUAUGAGCCUCAAUCUAUCAACGAAGAAGAAGAUCCAGAUUCUGGCUGUCUUUACGACUGCCGCAGUGGGAGUCGUCGCUAGUGUUCUGUCACUGGUCUAUAGAGUAGAAGCGUUGGACACUAAUGAUGGCACGUGGAAGUACACGUCUCUUCUUAUCUGCAGCGUCGUCGAGAACCAUGUAGCCAUCAUCGUCAGCUGCACCCCCGGCUUCGCCAAUUUCACGAGGGUCUACGUCUCCCAGCUGUGGAUCGUCAAGUCUCUUCGCUCGACCCUCGGUGGAAGCGGCAGCGGCAGGUCGGGCAUUAUUAGCAGGCUAUCAAUGCAGAACAAAGAGGAUCCGAACCGGCCGAGGACGGGAAGGGGGUUUGGAAAGAAGGCCAAAGGUGGCUUCGGCGCUCUCGGCGACACUUCCAUCCUCCAGAGCGUAGUAUCGACCGCCGAAGGGGGUGAUGGCAGCAUCUUGCUGCCACUGGCUUCACAUUCCCCACAAAUUGUGCGAAUAGUGAACAUAUCGCACGAGACUCAUCGUCCUGGCCCCACGCCAGCAGCUGGAGUUGCAGAGCCCCAAAUUCAGAGUUACCCCCCCGGUACUUUCUAUUACGGACCUGGAGCCGCCGAGCCGCCUACACAGUCUGUCUGGUUUUAUUAUGUUCCCUCUGCAAACGAGCAGGUUGAGAGACCUUCCCAUGAUCCUGGCACAUACCCGUCUUGGCACUCUCCCUCUCAGAGUUCUGCGGAGCGGUUAGUUGUUCAACGACCAGGAGAAGCUUAGCUCUGUUAUCGUGUCCUCAUGACGACUUAAAAAAUGUGGGUGGAAAUUGGGCCGCGACUAGAGGGGAGCGGAGCAGAGGGGGGACAGAAGACGACGUCCUUGGUCUCGUGUAAAAGUAUUAAACUCCAAUUCAUC